AUGACGACGCAGGCGAGGACGAAGGGGUGGGAAAAGGACUCCAAAAUAAAUGCGGACUACGAGUAUGAGAGGUUGAUCAAGCUGGAGAAUAAGUUCAACAUAAAACCAUGGCUGAGUAAAGGGCAGAAGGAGGGGUACCUGUACAACAUAGUACCCACCGUUCUGAAUGUGGUUGUGAAGAACUCGAACAAAUCGCAGAAAAAGACAGGCGUGCAUAUGUACUUCGUGUCGGAUAACAACAAGACGUGGAGACUAACGAUGUUCUACCGUCCGUACUUCUACCUGAAGACGAAGAACAUCCACAACUACGAGGCGGUGACAAAGUACCUAAGGAAGGAGUUAGACAAAUGGAACGUCGAAAUAGAUUACGUGAAGAAGGAGGACCUUAGUCUGUAUGAUCAUCUAAAUAAGAAAAGGAGCUACCUGAGUAACAUCUUCUUUAAGCUCUCCUUCGACACUAUAGAAAAUCUCCUGAACGCAAGGGAUUUUAUUUCCAAAAUAAUUGAACGAAAUAAGAAGAAUAAGGAGCGCAACAACACCUCAAAUAGCGAUAAGCACAUAUUUAAUGAGUACGAAUAUGAACUGUCACAGAGCAAGUUGGAUUUUUCCUACAAGCACGAUGUUUCCUAUACGAAAUAUGAUGAGUAUGGACAAACUGGAAAGGUUAACAAAAAUGAUAUUGGAGCUGCGAAAAAAGAGGAACAAGGGGAUUCUAAAAAGACACACACGUCCAACAACAGUACAGACAACCUGGGGGGAAAGGCUAAAAAGAACGACGCACACGUAACGGUGAGCACACCAAAGUUGAACAUGAACGAAAUAGUAGUAACUACGAAGAGGCAAAUUCUAAGCAAGGAAGAAAUUUUACAAGAAAUAACAGAGAUAUAUGAAUACGAUGUGAAGUACACCACCAGAAUAUGCAUAGAUCAGAACAUCAGAUGUGGCCUAUGGUAUAGGAUCACCAGGGACGAAGAAGAAUUAUACACAGAGACGGAUGCAGUCCAUUUUGAAGUGUUAAAUAAGAAGGUCCUUGCCCCCUUAAAUGUGCUCGCCUGGGAUAUUGAAUGCUACAAAGAUGAAUUGAAAUUUCCAGAUAAAGAGAAGGACGAAAUUAUCCUCAUAUCCUAUAUGUACAAUGCGCAAGGGUAUCUAAUAGUUAACAGAAAUGUCAUGAGCAAAAAUAUAAGAGAGUUUCUAUACAAGCCAAAUGAAGAAUAUUCCGGAGCAGGGACGUUUAAAAUAUUUAACGAAGAGAAUGAAUAUUUCCUUUUAAAGCGCUUUUUAGAGCAUAUAAAAAUUUUGAAAAUCCACAUUUUUGUCACGUACAAUGGGGACUUUUUUGACGUUCCGUAUCUUUUUCGAAGAUGCGAGAUUAACAACUUGAGUGUACCAAAAGAAAUUGGGUUCAUCAUGAAUAACAACAAGCAGGAAUGUGCAUGCAAUUUUAUCCUAAAUAUAGAUGCAUACAAAUGGGUCGAACGGGAUUCUUACUUACCUAAUGGGUCCAGAACAUUGAAGAGUGUGUGUAAAAUUAAGUUAAAAUAUAACCCUACAGAGGUGGACCCAGAACUUAUGGUAUCCAUUGCGAAGAAGAACCCACAACAUUUGGCUGUAUACAGUGUGUCAGAUGCAGUUGCCACAUUUUAUCUGUAUGAUAAAUUUAUCCACAAUUUUUUAUUUGCUUUAUGCUCCAUCAUUCCGAUGAACCCAGACAACGUUCUAAGACAGGGAAGUGGAACCCUAUGUGAACAGCUACUAAUGGCAGAGGCGUAUAAAAAGAAUAUUCUCUUCCCAAACAAGUUCAAGCCUGCAUACAAUCAAUACUUCACCGAUGUAGAAAAUAAAAAAAAAUAUUUUAUCUAUGAUGAUUCCUUUGUUGGUGGAACUGUGCAGAGUCUAAAAUGUGGUAUCUAUAGGGAUGAUCUGAAGGAGCAUUUCAACCUAGAUGUAGACACGUACAAGUAUUUACAGCAGAAUGUGGAUAGCAUUAUAGAUUUCUGGGUUGAAAAGGAUCUGAACAAAAACUGCAGUCCUAGUGACCCAAAGUAUAUUAACAAAAAUCAGAUCAUUAAUUUGAAGCAAAUUAAAAGCGACAUUAUGGAGAAGCUAAAUUUCUUCAUCCAGAAUCCCAGCAUUAGCAUAUGCCCCAACAUCUACCACUUGGAUGUUGCCGCCAUGUACCCGAAUAUUAUUCUAUCUCACCGUUUGCAGCCAAAUGCCAUCGUAACACCCGAUCACUGUUUCAACUGCUCCUUCUACAAGCAACGCCAUUUAUGCCAGAAACAGAUGGUGUGGAAGAGGAAGCUGGAAAUUUCCCCCAUCGAUUAUGGCCAUGUGCUAUCUCUCAUGCAGGAUCUGAAGACACGUCUUUUCUACCCACAGAAGAGCUUCUUCAAGAUGAACAACAAGGAGGAGUCCGACAGCAGCACGAACGAAAAUUCCGCGGACGUGCCCGUCAGCAAGAAGAAGUCCUGGAACGAGCUGACAGAAAAGCAGCAACACGACGAACUGAUGAAGGUGAUAAAGGACUGCUCCCAGAGGGUAUUCAAAAAAACAAAGGUCGCCAAGGAAGUGGACGCCUCGAGUUUGGUGUGCCAGAGGGAAAAUCCCUUCUACGUGGACACCGUGAGGACCUUCCGAGAUAGGAGAUACGUUUACAAGAAGGGGUUGAAAGAAUGCGAACAUGAAAAGAAGGAACUACUAAAGGCAAACAAAAUAGACUACAUGAAGAUUCAAGAAUUGGACGAUAAAAUAUUGCUAAACGAUUCGUUACAGUUAGCGCACAAGUGUAUAUUGAACAGCUUCUACGGAUAUGUGAAACGAAAAAGCAGUAGAUGGUACUCAGAUCAAAUGGGAGCCAUCGUGACUUACACAGGGUCACAAAUAAUAAACGGCGCAUUUAACCUUAUCAACAAAAUUGGAAUACCCGUAGAGUUGGACACAGAUGGAAUCUGGUGCAUGUUGCCAAAAAAAUUCCCAGAAAUAUAUGACGUGUACAUUGUAGACAGAAGCCUUCUGAACAGAGUGAGAGAAUAUGAAGACAAAACGGAGGAAGAACUAAAAAAUGACGCGAGUGUGAAAAAAGUAGAAUUUGAAUUCCCCACAAAUAUACUAAAUUUUGAGAUGCACAAAAAAUGGACGAACCACCAGUACCUAAUUUAUAACGAAAGUACAGACGAUUACGAAUGCAUUAGUAAGAAUGAAAUUUUCUUUGAGCUGGAUGGUCCCUGGCAUGGUAUGUUCCUCCCCGCAUCGGAAAAAUCGGAUGAAUUGUUAAAAAAAAGAUACGUUGUCUUUAAUGACAAAUAUAAAAUUAGCGAACUGAAGGGAUUUGAAAUUAAAAGAAGAGGAGAACUAAGAAUCAUACAGAAAUUUCAGAGCGAAAUUUUUAAUCACUUUUUAAAAGGCAAAACGAAGGAAGAGUCAUAUUACUAUGCUUCCCUUACUGCGAACAAGUGGAAAAAUUUAAUAGACAGUAAAGCAAUCGACAUAGAUAAUGAUGAUGAAUUAUUUGACCUCAUUUUGGCAAAGAAGGUGCUAAACAAAUCGGUGAAGGAACAACCGAAUGCUAAAAGUUUUGGCAUUACCACUGCUAAGAGGCUGAGUGAAUUGCUCUGCAAUUCAAGUUACGUGGAAGACAAUAAUGUGUCUACCCAAUUCAUCGUUGCGUCUAAACCUAUAGGAUCGGACAUUACAUUUAGGGCCAUCCCCAUUCAGAUAUUUAAAACAAACGUGGAAACGCAAAUUCACUAUUUGAACAAAUGGCUAGGUGUUAAGUUCCCUCCUGAUGUCCCCGUCAACGUAAGGGAUAUAAUCGACUGGGAUUAUUACAAGCAAAAAUUAGAAGUCCAAAUUUUAAAGUUAGUCAUUAUCCCCGCUAUUAAGCAAAAUAUUAACAACCCAAUUACGUCCAUUUCUGUGCCCGAGUGGCUCAAAAAGCAAAUUAACAUUUCAGAGGGGAAGCAGAAAAAAAUUACCGCCUUUUUUGUUAAAAAAAACGUUAAAAAAGAGUGCAUUUCUAAUGAUGAAGCUAGCAGUAGUACCCCCGUAAAAGGAGAAACGAACGAGGAGGAGAAGAAAAUGAAGGUAGACGAUCCUAGUUUGCGCUCCCUGGAGAAGAAGAGCCCUUUCCCAGUGGAAGGCGCCUGCACUACGAUGAAUGUUACAAAUAACCCAUUGUAUAAUGAUGCCCCCCCGGUCAGUGCGAAGAAACGCUCACUGGAACAGUGCCUUCUGGAAAAUUUCAUCUCAAAGCGGAAGAAGCUGGGUCAACUGCACGAUAACAGCUUGGCCGGCCUUACGCACAGCAACUCUGGUUCUAUUCCCUACAAAAAAGUGAACUCCUUAGACAACGGCCUCGAUAACAACGUCAUAAUUAUUAACCACGAGAAAAUCAACAAUUUGAAGUACACGGAGCUGUUCGAAAUGUUCCAAACCGAUUUCCAAAAGUGGAUGCAAAUAAAUAACCGAAUAUGGAAAAAUAAUCGAAGCCAAAUUAAGAAAAUCAGAAAUGAGGACAAGUCUAAGAGGAAGAAGUAUUCCCUCGGGGAUGAGGAGGAAGACCGAAACGGAAGGAGAAGGAGUGGAGCAAAUUCCUUCUCCCACCUUGCCGAUGCGGAUGAUGAAAAGACUAAUGCCCAAAAAUUGUCCACCCUGGAACCGAAAUAUUUGCACUCCAUUCAGAACGCGAUGGAUAUUGUGCACCUGUACAAGAAGGUGAAAAGGAAGAAAGUAGCCCCCACGUCAAAAAAAGGAAAGCAUAAUAACACAAACCCCUCCGCCGUUGGUGGAAACAGUUCCAGUGCCCCUAUGAAUAUCUCCACAAAGAACGAAAAACAGACUUUGCUAAAACCAUACUUUGAAUACUUCAAACACGAAACGGAGUCAGAUUCUUCCAACGAUGAAGGUGACAUAUUCAGUGAUACGAAUCUGAUCGACGAGCAUGAUGACGACGGAAUAUACUACGCAAUUGUGUCUUUAAAAAAUAUGAACAAAUUUUACAAAAUAAAAAUUCAAAUUUAUAGACAUAUUUACAUCAAUAAUUAUGAUCCCCUGGACAUAAAAAGUAACAACAAGAUUACCAUCAAAUUGGUUUCUGCGUCUGGACCGUCCAACUCCCCCGACAGUGAAAAUUUCAAAUUUCACGCCAACGCAUUUGCACACUGUUUCUUACCCAGAAAUGUAAAAAUAUUUAAUUUAUACGAAUUUAUUAUGUCUGAGAGGUACUUCAACAGAUACGUAGUGAACACGCUGAAUGCCAACUACCACGAAAGUAUUGUCUCUGUUUACGAGACGAAAAUUCCACUUUACUUUGAUUUCCUAAGCAGAUAUGGAAACUCCGUAGAAAUCGACUCGAAUAAUUACAACUCCAUUUUUGAUGAAAAUAAAUGUUUUAAAUCGCACUGCUUCUCCAAGGUCGAGAAGAACAAACUGAAAAAUGCUUCUCAAGAUUAUUUGGAUGACGUCCAUUUUGUAUAUGUGCACAUUUUCCACACUCUGGUGGAUAAUGUGUGCAACCGUAUCUUCAUCGGCGUAUACGAUCAGUUUGAUGAUAAUACAGAUGAACAGCUGUUGGGGUGUAUGCUCAUGUUUAGCGGCGUCGGCAAGGAGGGUGACUCCCCCUUCAACCCGUAUGAGGUCUUCCUCAAUUUUACACACCUACAGGGCGAUACCAGCGUGAACAACACAGUGGAUGGGGAACACGCCCAUAAGCAAGCGCAAGGGAACCUGCUCGACAGAGACUUUUUCAUCAAAAACGUGCAGAGAGAUUUCCUCUUCAUGUACCAUUACCGAAAGUUCGAAACGUAUUUUGAAGACAACCCCAAUGUGUAUAAAGUGUUGGAGCAUUUGGAUCUGUAUUUGAAUAAAUACCGAAGCAACAUCCUGACGGGAAAGAAGAAGUAUAUCUUCUACGUUUCAUCCACCAUAGAUAGGAACAAACUGGGAUGGUGGAGCACCAACAAAUAUUUCCCUUGCUACUUUUACAAAUUUGAAAAUCCUGCAAAGUAUCAAAACGUAAGUCGCAUCACUUACAAGAAGGAUGCAUUCAAUUUGUCUCUACAACUCUUUUAUGAGAAUUAUCACAAAGUGGAAGAAGAUUUAAAUUUUUCUAGAAUAUCGAAUAUACCUCUUUUCAACUUGCUAAAUGUGAACAGAAAAAACCAGAAGCACAAAUUUAUAUAUGAUACGCUGUAUGCAUCUUUCUUGAAAAGAUAUAAGGGGAUUUUAUGGCUGUCCUACUUUGGGCACUACGAUUUGGGAAUCCCCUGCUUAAAUAUCAACAACUUUUGUGACUACGAUUUGGUGAAAAAGAACAGUGACAUAAUAAACCAAGGCAUUUACCGUGGUUAUAUAGUGCACCUAUUUUUUAAUGAGUCCCUCAUUUUUAACAGCGUUAGACUGUUCACCAAGUAUGCUAAUGUGAAAGCCUCCACUGAGUAUUAUCACUCCUCGAUUGCUAGUAGGAAUACCCACGUUAAGAAAGGGGACCACAAAGGAGGGGGGGGCACUGAACAUGACGCUGUGGCCAAGUGGCGCCAACGGAUGAAGUACGUAAAACAGAAUGACCAGAUGGAAGAUGAGUUGGACGAAGAUGACAUGUCCACGACGGACGACAAUUAUAACAAACUGGGAGGAAUUGCACACCGGAAAGGAAGAACGGGCUUCAUGCAAUAUAGAAUGGGUGAUGGUACGAACAGACAUAGCCACCAAAACAGCGACGAUGAAUGGGAUGACUAUGGUGAAGACGACGAAGGGGAUGACCAGUCCAACUUGAACGAAAAAAAAAACAUAGUCAAAAAUAAAUACGACAUAAAUACCAUCGUGGAACAGAAUUCACACGUCUCCCAGUUUAGUAACCACGCAUUCAAAAUAUUGGGGAGGUCACUAGAGUACCUCAUAUCGAAGAUCUCCUCCCUGUCUAUGCUAGUAACAAGUAAAACCUUCGAAAGUAUCUCCGAAAUUUUCACGUCCUUCUACUCGUGGGUCUCCAACAAUUCCAGUCUUCUCUACGAUGUGGCAUUAUACAACAAAGUGUUAGAGUGCACAGAAAUUUACCAAAACAAUUUAAUCAACAUAAUGAAGAAAAAAUUUAAUGCCAAUAUAAUUUUUGCGGACUUUAGAAAUUUCGUUAUUUCCUUUAAUGAAUUUUCAGUCAUAUCGGGAAGAAAUAUUUUAAAAGGCCUAAUCCAGUACUUCUCCCACAGUGACUCCAUUUAUGCCAAUGUGCCUUUUUAUAUUAAACAGGAAUAUAUUGCAGCUUGCCAAUUUGAUAAGUAUAAUUUUAUUAGGUAUAAGGAAUAUUCCAAUCCGAAUGAAGAAAACACGGAUGAAAAUUUAAAAAUAAUUGAAUAUCUUCCCCCCAUUUGUGAAUCCUUCCUGAGGUAUGUCCUGGACGUGAUUACGUUGAAUCCUUUGCAAGACAUAAUCACGCUGUAUGAUAAGUUGGAUCCCCACUGUGGCAAACAAGUGGAAGGGGGAGUGUUCACCUUAUCCACGCCUGACAAGCCAAUCCGACCAGAUGAACAGAAUGCUAACAAAAACGUAGAUCACGCAGAAGCAAACAGGAAGGACGAAAAGAGCUACUUCAACAUGGUCCUGAAAAGUGACAAAUUAACGGACAAAAUAAGCCUAACACAAAAAGCACAACUGAAAUAUAUUUAUGACAAUUCAUUUGACGACAUGGAUGAAGUGUGCGAAAGUUUAGCUUUGAUCAACGAAAAUGUAGACGUGCUGUCAUACAAAUUAGAAGAGAAGCUAAAGGAUCUGUGGUUCAUGCCUGGACAUAUUUAUAAAAAAAUUAAAAAGUCGAUAAAGUAUAAAAAAUAUUUAGUGGAAAAUUACUGGCCAUAUGAUGAUGAAGAAAUGGAUGAAAUGGACGAAAGUAACAUUAACAUGGUCCCAUUUUUAUUUCCAAAAACUUUGGGAAAUCUAGCCAAAAGGGAAAAUAACUGGAGAUUAGAAAUUGUUAAGUUCUGCAUAUUUCUCAUGCAAAAUGAUAAGCUGCUAAACCUUGAGAAUGAAAACUCUAAUGAAGCUUUCCACGAAAAAAGACACGAGCUUUUUGAAAUUGUGGGGGACAGUGAAUACAACAGGAAAAAUUCCCUCUGGAAAAGUCCCUGCCCAGAAUUAAUUUUAAAAGAUAUCUUCUGUGAAAAUUGCUCCUCAGUGUACCACAUGAAUGUUGUCACCAGUUUGGUGGAGGCAGAGAUUAAUGGAAAACCGUCCUUCAUUUGGUUGUGCAAAAACUGCAAUUCCAAAUAUGACAACGAUUUUAUUGAACUAAAAAUUUUGUCCCUGCUGCAGGAGACCUUUGAUGCGUAUAAUGCCCAAGACCUCGUAUGCAACAACUGCAACGCCAUCAAGUCCUUCUACCGCAGGGCAAUUUGCAAAUGCGGCCAAAUCUUUACGCCCCGUUUGGAUAUAACCAACUGGACACGAACCCUCGAAAUUAUGGAAAAUUUAGGCACCAUGCUAAACAUGCCUAUAUUGCUAGACGUUUUGAAUUCGAUGAAAACGUACCUUGUGUAA